CCGGCGAGGCCGGCCAUGCAGAUGGAGGGGGCGGGACGCGGACGCCGUGACUCGGAGCCCCGGAAGAGCGGAGAAACCCCGUAUAAAAACUACUGGGGACCUUUCCCGGGCAGAACUACGAAAGCUCCGGAGACGGCGGCAGGGAGCGGCGCGGAGGAAGGGCAGCGAGGAGCCGCAGCGGGGCCGGGCAGCCCGCGGAGGCCGCGCACCAUGGCGGACGAUGAGAAGGCCGGCGGGGGUUACGCGGGAGGCUGCGAGAGCGCGCACUGCAACGUGCUGAGCUGGGAGCAAGUGCAGCGGCUGGAUCGCAUCUUCAGCGAGACCAUCCCCAUCCACGGCCGCGGCAACUUCCCCACGCUGGCCAUGCAGCCCCGGCAGAUCGUCAAGGUGGUGCGGAGCCGGCUGGAGGAGAAGGGCAUCGGGCUGCGGGACGUGCGGCUCAACGGCUCGGCCGCCAGCCACGUCCUGCACCAGGACAGCGGCCUGGGCUACAAGGACUUGGACCUCAUCUUCUGCGCCGACCUCAAAGGGGAAGCCGAGUUUCAGACUGUGAAGGACGUGGUCUUGGACUGCCUCUUGGAUUUCUUGCCCGAGGGGGUGAAUAAGGAGAAGAUCACGCCGCUCACCCUCAAGGUAAGCCCACAGAGCUGCCCACUGAGUGCGUGGAGUGCGCAGGUGUAGCGCCCGCCACGAGCAGGGUGCGUGGGGCACCGCGUCCCUGCACACCCGACACCCAGGGGUGACAUUGCCCCGCACCUUUGGAAGCAGAGCUUGCGGGAAGGUGCCCUAGCUGGUGCUGCUCGGCUCUCCUUCCUCGGAGCCAAGUAGUUUGCCGGGAGCAUUGCUCCACCCGGCGUGCCCAGAUGCCCCGGUGGUGCGAUGCCCGCUGUGCCAAACCCGAGGUGGUGGGGGGCGAGCAGGGAGCUGCCGCUGGCUCUGCACACUUCGCAGUGUGUCUCAGUGCCCCGGCGGUGCUCCCUCGCUGCACAGACAGCCUGCUCCGGUUUAUUAGGGCUGUGAGCCAAAUGCCUUUGAGAUUUCUAGAGGAGCAGUGUGGAAGUUGCACUGAAGGAACGGGGCUGAGGACAGGGAACAUUA